AUGGCGACCGCAGCAGCAGCUCGUUCCCUCACCAGGGCCGUUCCCCGAAGCACGGCAACCGCCAGCGCCACUUCGUCCCUGCGCCUCGCCGCACGCCCAUCUCCUCGCGGAACCAACUCGAAUGCCGCGAGGCAGUUCUUCCAAAAGUCCUCUCGCCGCCACUACUCGUCGGGUCCUGAACCAGCGAAGUCCUCCUCUGGCAGCGGCCUGGUCAUUGGGGCCGUGGCAGCCGCAGCUCUCGCUGGUGGCCUCUACUUCUACAGCACACAAGGAGGAGAAUUUCACCUGACCAAGGGCAGCGCAGGUGAGACGGCGGGGCUGUUCAAGCCGACCACUGAAGAUUACCAAAAGGUCUACAAUGCCAUCGCCAAGGAGCUGUGGGAGAAGGACGACUACGAUGAUGGGUCGUACGGCCCAGUGCUACUGCGUCUCGCGUGGCACGCGUCAGGCACCUACGACGCCGCCACGGGCACAGGCGGCAGCAACGGCGCCACAAUGAGGUUCGCACCCGAGUCUGACCACGGCGCCAACGCCGGCCUCAAGGCCGCACGAGAUUUCCUCGAGCCCAUCAAGCAGCAGUUCCCCUGGAUCUCGUACUCUGACCUGUGGACUCUGGCGGGCGUCUGCGCCGUGCAGGAGAUGCAGGGCCCCAUCAUCCCGUGGCGACCAGGCCGACAGGAUCGUGACGUCGCCUUCUGCACCCCCGAUGGCCGCCUGCCGGACGCUUCCAAGGACCAGAACCACAUCCGGGCCAUCUUUGGCCGCAUGGGCUUCAAUGACCAGGAGAUGGUCGCGCUGUCCGGCGCCCACGCUCUGGGCCGCUGCCACACCGACCGCUCGGGUUUCGAAGGGCCCUGGACCUUUGCCCCCACUGUUCUGACCAACGACUACUACAAGCUCCUGUUGGAGGAGAAGUGGGGAUGGCGCAAAUGGAACGGCCCCAAGCAGUAUGAGGACAAGACCACCAAGAGCCUCAUGAUGCUGCCUACCGACAUGGCCCUGGUCCAGGACAAGGUGUUUAAGAAGUACGUCGAGAAGUACGCCAAGGACGGCCAGGCCUUCUUCGACGACUUCUCAAACGUUGUCAUGAAGUUGUUUGAGCUCGGCGUGCCGUUUGAGAGCAAGGCCGAGGAUCGUAUCAAGUUCAAGCCUAGCAUUGACGAUGCUUAA